AUGCCGUCUCUCGGGGUGCACUGGACGCCUCUGAAAAUUGGCCUUCUCACGGCCGUCUUCCUGAUAUCGGCCUGGUGGAUCCUGCCGUUCCAACUGCCUGCGAUCCCUGAAUCCAUCGCGCAUGGCUCCUCGUCUAAACCGGCAACUUCAGAGCACCAAAGCGCGUCUUCAAAAGACAGACCACUCAUCGUUUAUGCUUAUCAUGACUCCGAGAGUGCGCGGGCAAAUCUAGACUACUUUGUCGACAAGGGUCUCCACAAUGGCGCAGACUUCGUCUUCAUCUUCAACGGAGAUGCGAACGCGUCUAGCACUAUCCCUGACCUGCCAAACAUCAGUAUUGUUAAGCGGGAUAACACCUGCUUCGACAUGGGUGCUAUUGGCGAAGUCCUGAGGAAGGACGAUUUGUGGAAGAGGUAUAAGCGGUUCAUCACGAUGAACGCCAGCAUUCGAGGGCCAUUCUUGCCCGCGUGGAGCUCAUCUUGCUGGUCGGACCUGUAUCUGAGCAAGGUUACGGAGACAACCAAGCUCGUCGGUAUGACCCUCAACUGCAUACCCAGAUUGCACAUUCAGUCCAUGAUCUUCGCAACGGACGACGUCGGCAUGGGCAUCCUCCUGGAUCCCACACUUGCAACGACUGCGUCUGUAGACGACCAAUUCGGGAGCAAAGACGCCCCCGUCGGUCUCAGCGGGUGUUACAAGGACUGGAACGCCGCUGUCCACGCCGAGGUCGGAACCACUAGUCUGAUCAUGAACGCCGGCUAUAAAGUCGACGCCAUGAUGACCGCUCUCCAUUCUGAAGAAGGAGUUGAAGAGUACUGCAAAACACACCCGGAUUCUGGUGACCUGUUGUGGGACAAGAAAUAUUUCGGGAGCAAUAUUCACCCCUACGAGACUGUCUUCAUCAAGGCUAACAGAGAUGUUGAUCCCUCGCUGAUGUCGUCCAUGACAGAUUGGCAUAUGCGCAUGAAAUCUAAUAGCUUCGAUGUGUGUGGCUCUUAG